AUGCCAUUCACCGCCAUUGUCAUGUACCCCAAUGAGGCCGACAUCGAAUUCAACGAGGAUUACUACAUGAAGACCCACAUGCCCCUCGUCGAAACUACAUGGAAGAAGUACGGCUUGAACAGCUGGCAUGUCACCAAGUUCCCCAACGCGCUUGACGGCUCGCGCUCCGAGUACUUGAUCAUGGCUUCUCUCGAGUGGGAGAGCCAGGAGGCUUUGCAGACAGCUCUCAAGGACCCCGCAAGUGCCAAUGUCUUUGCGGAUAUCCCCAACUUCACCAACAAGAAGCCCGUCACCCUUGCUGGCUCCAAGCUGUGA